AUGUUUUCGACUUUCCUGUCCAUGGCUCGUGAAGAUCUGAUCAUCAGUUGCUGGCGAGCCUCGCCUUCUCUCUGCGAUAGCUUGUGGCCGAUCAAUGCGGCAGACGCGCGUACAGCGCAUCAUCCAGCGAUACAAGACAUUCUUCAAACUCUUCAUCUGGAAGAGAAGAAUCUUGUAUUUCAACAACAGUGGCCGAUGAGAUCACCGUACUUUACAAAGCUUUUUCCAUCAGCACACGAAUAUCACCAACGACUUCCAAACGAUGUAACCCUACCUUGGAUAGAACUCGAGGUUCGGGAAAAAUGGAAUACACGCCAACGAACCUUCGUACGGAGGAUCAAGAUUCACCAAGAUCACCAUGCGCUAGGUAUAUCAGAAGACGAUUUUGCACUGAAAGUCUUCGAAAAGGGGAAAAAUUUGAGAUUGGCUGCAGAAAGAUUCAGAAGUGAGAUCGCAUCAAAUCAAAAAGUGACACACCCAAACGUCGCUCCGUUUUUGACGGCAUUCGAACAUAGAGACUCCUUCUAUAUCGUGUUGCCAUGGGCACAAGGAGGGAAUCUGCGACACUUCUGGGACGAUCAUCUCCCCAAUGGCAAUCAAGAGGGCCCUUCUGCGCCGUGGUUCUCGAUGAAUUGGAUGGCAGACCAAUGCUACAACCUAGCUGAUGCCAUUGCCACCAUACACGGCCAUCGCUCUGAGUUGGGAGGGUUUGCUUUGCAACCUCAGUUGCACCAAGAUAUCAAACCCAAGAACAUUAUCUGCUUCGCUAGCUCGGUUGGUGGCAAGGCAUCCUGGGUACUCAAGAUAAUCGAUUUCGGAUUAUCGGCGCCGGUUGUGAAUGGCUGUGUGCCACGAAAGAACAUCGUCGAAAUCAAAACCUAUCGACCACCCGAAGAAGCAUACCCACAGUCAGUCAUAGACACCUCUUGGGACGUAUGGUGCCUGGGAUGUCUGUAUCUUGAGUUCGCUAUCUGGGCUCUCAAUGGAUCAGCUGAAAUAGUUAACUUCCAGGCCGAGCGCUUGAAGGAACUACAUGACACAGACGAUGAACAUGAAUUCCCUCCCGUCUUAGAGGAUACGUUUUUCUCCAUGCGCAGAGUUGAAUUCGUUCCGCAAAACAUGCGGGCCAUCUCUGUCGUCGAAUCUCCAAAGAUGGUUCCAGUACUUAAAGAAUCAGUCACAUCAGUAAGCACGGCUCUAAAGUCCAGUCCGACAGUCCAGUCCGACGCUUCCAUUUCAAUGUCAAGAAAACAAGCUAAUCAUUGCUCACAGCGAUUCCGUGCUCUUCUCAAUAACUCUAUGUGCACGAAAUUUCUCACUGGGCUGCUUGAGUACACGGAAUCUAGAAUGAUCAUUACGAAUAGCGGUAGUCGAGCUACGUCAGCCGAAACCAGGGAAUGCUUGGCAGAAUACACGUCCGCCAAAAAUGGAUAA